AUGCCUCCACCACCGUUUUUCCGUAUCCCUAGCGAGCUCCGCAACCGCAUCUACCACUUCGCACUCCUAAAUCAGCGCCCCCAAUUCUACGUCGCUAAUCUCUCCGUGGACCUCUGCUAUCUGGAAGAACCCGGCCAUAUCGAGCCGUAUGAGAACGAAAACUUGCGCUGGCUCCUUACCUCCCGCCAGAUCCUUUCGGAAGGCCUCGAUCAGUUCUACACCCACGCUAAGCUCCAGUGGUACAGCAUAUGGAGUUGCGACCGCACAAAUGACCUCACGCUCGAUGGAAGCACGUCGAUUUUUGAUCUGGGGAGAGUGAAGGCCGCCGAAUUGUCGCUCCAGAUGGGGAAGGAGCAUCACGAGCGCGAUGGCAAAUCCUACGAUCUCGUUGUGCCGAGAGGGAAGGAAAAGUGGGAGGGGAAGGAUGAGGAUUUCGCGGAACUGGGGAAAGUUCUGAAGAGCUUGGAUCAGUGCGCAUUCCAGGACUUGAAGCUUAUGGUCUAUCUAUUCAGAACUUUCAACAAGACCAGAAACUACGAGGAUACCGGGAAUAGAUGGGUUGUCGAUUUGGGUGCAGGGAGCGACGCGGGCAGCGAGGGUAAUAAUGAGAACGAGGAAGCAGACGACCAAGAUGACGAUGACGAUGAUUACUCAGACAGCGACAGCGACAGCUACUCUGAGGGCUACUGGAACGCAUACGGCACAAAUCUCUCAGACCCUGACUGGAUUAACGGAUACCUAGUCGACUUCGGCUUUCUGGAGAAUCUGGGAACGCAGUGGAAGCACAUCCAGACCGAGUACAUUCCAACAUACAUGCUGGCAUACUGGGGAGACGGAGAUCCAGUAGCUGCGAACAUCGUAGCCGUGCCGAUCAUUCAGCAGGGCCUCGCUGAGAUCGCCAAAGUGUUAAUUGGCGGCGAAGGCUGGACCAUUCAAGAUAGCCUUGAGGAAGUAGAGCAUGGGGCAGCGCGGUGGUUGCUAGAUGCCAAUCGAGCGCCUGACGACGAAAGGGUGCUGGAGUUGAAGCACACUGGACUGCGAAGCUACGUGGGGGACUGUGAGGGAUGUUAUGAUGAGGAAGAGACCUUCACGCUACACGACGAUAGGGGAGACGGCAUCAUUAGGUUUAUGGCCGGGAAAUGCGGACAUGUUGUCGAACUCGAGACUCCUGUUGUGGGAAGGGAGAUGUAG